UUGACAUCAAUUACAAAGUAGAAGAGGAUGGAACGGGGAUUACUGUGGCAGGUUCAGCCGGUGUUUCUUAUAGCAGUGAUGUCAUCACAGUUUCCUUUGUUGACGCAGCAGAUGUAUACAAACCUGGGAUGGCCUAUGAGGGAAAGGUUCUGGUCACUGAUGUUUACAACAAACCCCUGAAAGGUCAAAGAGUUCAUCUCAUUGUAAACUACGAUUUCAAAAGUGUGAAUAUGACUCUUACAACAGACAGCAACGGCACAGCUUACUUCUCUUUAGACACCGCAGUUUGGUCAAGUCAAUCUGCUUAUUUACAGGUUGGUGCGGCUCGUCACAAUGAGGAUACACUCCAGAAUGGUUUCCGGCCUGCAGCAAGAUCUUAUAAUGGAGGCAAUCUUUCGUUAAGGCCGUUCUACUCUAAAAGCAAAAGUUUUCUAAAGUUAAUUUUGACUCCAAACCUGUUAAGUUGUGCAGUUGAUGCAAAUGUGGAGGCCAGUUACAUCAUUCAGGGAAGUACACUACAAAAGGGAGAGAAAACGCUGGAUGUUUUCUUCAUGGUCUUUUCAAAAGGCAGUAUGGCUCAAAAUGGCCGUGUCUCUGUCAAUGUGCAGUUUGGAGCGGAAAACAAAGGCAAAUUGUCAUUCACAUUAAAAAAGACCACAGCCCUGUCUCCAUUCGCCCAGGUGGCGGUGUACACAGUUCUUCCUAACGGAGAAACUGUAGCAGACAGUUGGAACUUCCCAAUUGAACAAUGCUUGCCAAACAAGGUUUCCUUAACUUUCUCAUCUUCCACGGCUAUGCCUAAAGACACAACAACUCUAAACCUGAAAGCCCAGCCUGGCUCCCUUUGCUCCGUCAGGUCCAUUGAUCAGAGCGUACUGGUUUUAAAACCAGAGGCUCAACUCAACGCUGCCUUUGUUUUUGGAAUGUUACCAGUCCAAAUGUUGGGGGAUUACCCCUACCAAGUCUGGGAAAAUGAAGAUCCCUGUAUACCUGGAGACAUGAAUCCAGUUGAUCCCCCAAUGCUAGCGAGGGAAAGGCGUCCACUCAUUUAUUACCCUUAUUCCAAUAGAAACGAUGCACACGGUAUCUUUAAAGCAAUUGGAGUCAAAAUUGCUACCAACUCUGAUGUUAAAGAACCUAUCUACUGUGAUGUAACUAUGGUAUGGGAAGCUGCUGUUCAACCCGCUGCAAGAGAACCCAUUAUGGCUGUUGGUCCACCUGUGGAAAAAUCUGUUCAAAAUUCAAUCCGCAAGUUCUUUCCAGAAACUUGGAUAUGGGAUCUUGUGCCUGUGGGGAGGUCUGGAUCAUUGACUCUUACAAAGACCGUUCCUGACAUCACUAAAUGGGCCACCGACGCUUUCUGCACAUCUUCUGUUGGUUUUGGCGUGGCACCCAGCACUGCUCUCACUGCCUUCCAGCCGUUCUUUGUCAGCCUCACGCUCCCCUACUCGGUUAUACGUGGAGAGGAGCUCUCACUCAAAGCCACUGUAUUCAACUACCUCCCCAAAUGUAUUAUGGUGAAGGUCACGUUGGAAAAUUCAGAAAAGUUCUCAGCUCUGCCUUGUAAUGGCUGCAAUUACACUCAAUGUCUUUGUGCUGAAGAGAGCAAAACCUUUGAGUGGACGGUUACAGCAACGGUUCUGGGAGAGGUGAAGGUGACUGUGAAAGCUGAGACCAUGAGGACUCAAGAACGAUGUGGGAAUGAGGUUGUGACUGUGCCAGAAGGACGCCGUAUUGACACUGUGGUGCAGUCGUUUCUGGUCGAGGUGAGCUGAGGAGUUAAGCAGAUUAUCACUCAGAAUGAACUCCUCUGUUUAACAGGUAACCAAGUGAACACAACUGUCUCUCUUAAACUCCCUGAAGUUAUUGUCAAGGAUUCUGAAAAAAGCUUUGUCACUGUACUGGGUGAUCUGAUCAGUCAUGCUUUAAAAAACAUUGCUGAUCUGUUGCGUAUGCCUUACGGCUGUGGUGAGCAGAACAUGCUGAACUUUGCACCCAAUAUUUACAUCCUUCAGUACUUGGAGAGCAGUGGACUGCUCACGCCUGAUAUUUUGGCACGAGCUAAAACUUAUCUGGAGACUGGCUACCAAACACAGCUGAAUUACAAACAUUCUGAUGGAUCUUACAGCGCCUUUGGGAACAGUGAUCCUUCUGGGCACACCUGGUUAACUGCAUAUGUGAUGAAGAUUUUCGAAGGGGCAAAGAAACAUGUGUUUGUAGAUGAAACCAACAUCGAUCAGGCAAAGAAUUGGUUGGGUCAGCUCCAGCAGGGGAAUGGGUGCUUUAAAACAGUGGGCAUCCUUUACCACAAUGAAAUGAAGGGUGGUGUCAGUGAUGAUGUCACUCUCACCGCAUACAUCGUUGCAGCUUUUCUGGAACUGGGCAUGAAAACAACCGAUCCCAUGGUGAAGCAAGGCCUUGUUUGUCUGAAAGAAGCUUCCAGCAACCUUGACAACAUGUACUUCACUGCCCUGGUCGCCUACACAUUCACUCUGGCUGGAGACCAAGAGAUGAGACAGAAACUCGUCUCCAACUUGGACAAUCGAGUCAAGAGAGAUGGUGUUGGCCGAUAUUGGACUCAGACAAAUGGGAAACUGACAGGCUCUUUAGAUGUAGAGAUGACUUCAUACGUGUUGUUGGCGCUUCUCUCUGGGCCAACACUGCCAUCAUUUAAACUGGACUAUUCUGCUACCAUAGUGCACUGGCUGGCCAAGAGGCAAAAUGCCUUUGGAGGUUUCUCCUCUUCUCAGGACACUGUGGUGGCCCUCCAGGCACUUGCUAAAUACAGUGCUGCCACCUACAGUCCAACAGGAUCCGUUGUUGUCAAUGUGACCUCCCCCUCAAGCCAGAAAUACAACUUCAUUGUCAACCAGAGUAACCGACUGCUUUACCAGGAGAGACCGCUGCUGCCACCUACAGGAAGCUUCACAGUCGCUACACGAGGCCAGGGCUGUGUGUUUGUGCAGUUUUCCUUGCACUACAAUGUCCUGCCCUCUAACUCCUUGGCCUUCACCAUCAAAACUGAUGCAACUUCAACUUGUCAAAGGAAACAGUACUAUACUGUUACGUUAACGUUUACACUCAGAUAUAAUGGUCCACGAGGAGAGACCAACAUGGUGAUCAUUAAUGUGAAAUUGUUGUCUGGAUUUGUGCUGGAUUCCUUGUCUCUACAAACUCUUCAGCAGGAUUCAAGAAUCAAACUUGUGGAGCAGAAUGAAGGGCAUGUCAUGUUGUAUUUAGAUGGGAUGAAAAAGGAUGAGGAGAAAUCCUUUACCUUGAUGCUUUUGCAGAACGUAGUGGUGAAGAACCUGAAACCAGCUGUGGUGACUGUCUACGAUUACUACAAGACUAGUGACGGUGGUGAGAAGCAGUACACCUCCCCAUGUUAAGUAAUGUGUCUCUAAGUAAUUGUUGACAAUUUG